UCUAACUAUAGCAAAAAGAAGCUAUAUUAAACAUAACAAGUAAGUAUACUUCUGUGGUGGUUUAUGUACUAUAUAAUGUACAACAUGUUCUGCUAAUCAUGGAUUAAUCUCAAACGUGACAAAGAUGACCCUUAUUUAAUGAGGUUAAAAGACUUGGCAAAGAUCACAUGGCAGGCCUAUGGUAAAGCUGCAGACAGCUCUUGCCCACCUUACGGCAAGUCCUAAGCUUUAAUCAUUAAAUAGCAUGGUUUUAGGAAGGCUAUAAAUAGAUGUCCUAUUGCUGCUUUUGACUAAAUAUUUUUCUAAACGUCCUGUUUCUGGGGGCAUUUUUCUAUUUAUAAAUUCCGGUUUUGCCUUUGUGAGGAUCAUACAUUAGGGUUUGCAUUAGUAAUGUGAAAUAUCUGAAAUAAAGGUGUAUUGGAGCAAUGGAGUAUACCUGCUAGAAUUUCUGAGUAUUCUCCUGAUAAAGCUGAACUUACUCCUGUUAAGUGGCAGCUCAGUCCUGCCCAGGAGGAAGGGGAGCCCACAUUGAUUUGCUUUCAGGAAGAUCCAAGGAGUAAAGCCCAGGAAAUUCAUCCCAGUUUCAGAAACAAGAACAGGACAAGAAUGGGUUUCCUCUCGGCAGCACAUGCACCGUGAAGAUUAGGGUGUUGCAGAUGUUUUAUCCUCACAUCUGUCAAAGGGCGUAAAACCCUCAAGAAGAAACAGGACGAUGGCUGCUGUUGCAGAGCGCACCUUCAUCGCCAUCAAGCCUGACGGGGUCCAGCGGGGACUGGUGGGAGAGAUCAUCAAGCGGUUUGAGCAAAAAGGAUUCAAACUGGUGGCCAUGAAACUGAUACAUGCCUCUGAAGACGUUCUGAGAGAACACUACAUUGAUCUAAAAGACCGUCCAUUCUAUGAUGGUCUGGUGCAGUACAUGCACUCUGGACCUGUUGUAGCUAUGGUGUGGGAAGGUCUUAAUGUGGUUAAAACUGGAAGGGUGAUGCUGGGGGAAACUAAUCCAGUGGAUUCAAAGCCUGGCACUAUUCGUGGUGACCUCUGUGUUCAAGUUGGAAGGAACAUCAUUCAUGGAAGUGAUUCUGUAGAAAGUGCUGAGACAGAGAUCAAUCUGUGGUUCACUCCUGAAGAACUGGUUGAUUACAGAAGCUGUGCUCAUGAAUGGAUCUAUGAGUAGAACUGAGCCUAUACCUUUUGAUAUCCUUACUAUCUCUAAUCAGUUGUUAUCAGUUAUUUUAAAGUCCUUCAUAUCAACUAGUAGAAACCAUUUUCAGAAACCUGUGGUAUUCACUGUUGUGAAUAUUAAAUAUAAUCAGUGUUUGUUGCUGUUUUGGUUAAAAAGCUAUCAAUUUAUGGAUAGGAUUGUAUUUUUAAAAACUUUUUAGCUACCUAUGGGAGUGAGAGAGGUGAGAUUCAAACACAGAGAAGCAAAACAUUCCUUGUUAAUAAUACAGAACAUGUAUUUUCCUGAAGUACACUCAACAGAGGUUUGGGAUGUAGGAACAAAAAGUGCACUGGAGUCAAUGUAAUGUAUUUAUUUCCUUGUAACACUGUAUUCAUUAAAAGCAGGAGUUUUGUGAAACUACUUGUUCAAACUCCCAUAUUUUUGCCUACAGUGAGUUGUUGUUUCAAAGAGUAAACUGCAAUGAAUAUUGAAUUUGAUGCUUAUGAUACGUUAUGAAGGUAACCAACUCCUAAUGAGAUGCUCCAAAAUAAAAUAUUUGCUGUUUCUUAAGUUAAACAAAAGGUUUGUUCAUUAUAUUGCCUUAGGGCUAAUUAAUGAGUCUAAGGAGAGGGAACAAAUUCCCUACCUACCAAACUGCAGAUGAUGUUUGUAGCCUGUUUCCUAAAAAUAGUCAGUGCUACAGAAGGCAAAUAAUUAAGUUAAAGGUUGUGAGAACAAAGGGAACACAUAACAAACCUGUGCACUGGAUGAGUAGUAGUCCUGAGUUCCACUUUUGCCUGAAGGAUUAGGUUUCUUUCUCUUGAUUGCUUACUACAAAACAGAAAUUUGGGAAGAAAUGUGGUUCACGUGGAGGUGAGGGGGGUUGUCAGAAAGAUACUGAUUAGUGUCUAAUGCAUUUAGACUGAGAGGAGGUGGAAGUUGGCCACCUCUUGGAAGAAAUGCAGUAUUCCUCUUGCACAUCUGAGCUGCCUGACUCAGCGUUUCCAGUUUCACUAAUUUAAGUUGCCUGUCAAUAGGAGACUGCGUACGUACUGCAGAGGGUAUUGCUUUCAUGUUACAGCCGCAGUGCUGGUAUUGAAUUAUAACUAGUUCAGGAAGAAAAAACGUAGCUUGUAAAUUAUAUCAGCUAGUAAGCACUUUAAAAAAUAAUAAAAUUUUUCUUUAUUCUCAUUAA